UUAUUUACCAAAAUAACCAUUUGUUGACCAAAACAAUUUUUUUGACCCCUUACAAUAACCCCGAAUAUAAAAAGGGGGGAGAUGUCUACUCCGUAAGAAACACAUUCAAAACAUAAAAUUUCAAAUGAAUAAGAGAGAAUAUAUGUUUUCAAUUUUAGAUUUUGUUUUAGUACUGUUGGUGAUCGCUACCGUUGAUGCCAGUGUUCCUGGAGGUGGAGGGUUCGAUGAAAACUAUGUUGUUACGUGGGGAAAUGUCUUAAAACUCAACCAAGGAGAAGUCCAGCUCUCCAUGGACAAAAGUGCAGGUUCUGCUUUUGAGUCUAAACACAAAUUUGGAUCAGGAUUCUUUCAAAUGAGAAUCAAGUUGCCUCCAAAAGAUACUGCUGGAGUUGUGACAGCUUUUUAUUUGACUUCGAAGGGUGAUACCCACGACGAGGUAGACUUCGAGUUCCUGGGGAAUAGAGAUGGAAAACCGAUACAAAUUCAAACAAAUGUCUUCAACAAUGGUCAAGGAAAUAGAGAACAAAAGUUUGUUCUUUGGUUCGAUCCAUCCACAGAUUUCCACACUUAUGGGAUUCUCUGGAAUCCGUAUCAAAUUGUGUUUUACGUGGACAAAAUUCCAAUACGAAUAUUCAAAAAUAACAAAAAAUAUGGCGUAGGAUAUCCAUCAAAGCCGAUGACAGUGAUUGCUAGUCUGUGGAACGGUGAGGGAUGGGCAACAGACGGUGGUAAGGCCAAAAUUAAUUGGUCAUAUGCUCCUUUUAAAGCCAAUUUUCAAAGUUUUUCUGAUUCUGGUUGUCACGCGGAUGGUGGGAACAUUAACGCGGAAGCAUGUGGUUCAACAACCUACUACUGGAAUACGAUCCAAUAUAGUAGGUUAAGUGCAAAUGAAACUACGGCAUUCAAGAAUGUGAGAGCGAAGUAUAUGAAGUACGAUUAUUGUUCUGAUAAGCGUAGGUUUCCUGUUCCUCCUACGGAAUGUCGAUUGAAUCAGUGAUGGGUAUCUGAAAAAGAUUAUUAAAGAAAAGUAUCAGACUAGUGCUUGCUAUCUAAUUUAUCUUUAGAAUUUAAAAUAAUUUUCAAUAAAAAUGGUAUUACUAGUAA